AUGACUCUGUCUUGCACCAAAACAAAAGCUAUAAUAAUUGUAUUCAACAUCGGGAGCUGCUUCGGACUUUUGAGCUAUAGCCCACUUCUAUACUGCCCGGCGCUGCUGCUUAUAUGCAUAUAUAUUCUCAUCCCUUGCCUCAUUCCAAGCGCUUGGCUUUGCUUUGGUAGGUCUGCUCGCUCAGCGCGCGUACCAGCUUGUCUCUUCUUCCUCGUCGCCUUAAAAGGGUCUCUGCGCUUAGCAGUGCGCUUUUCACUUCACAGCUUCACUUCUCAGAGACUUCAGAGAGGGAGAGAGAGAGAAACCGUGGUGAGUGAGAUAGAGAUAGAGAGAGAGGAGAGGAUGGGGAGGAAGCUAGGGCUGGACAGGGUGAUGGACUGCUUCUCGCUCUCCGUGUGCGCCAACGCUUGCGUCUGCGUGCACGCGGUGGAGGACGAGGACGAGGAGAACGAGGGGAAGGCCCUGGUGAGCGCUCAGCUGGACGAGCUGCUCAAGCUCAAGGACUUCGGCGGUGGGGCUAAGACUCUUGCUUUCCAUCUAGAGCCAAAGACGGUGGAGCUGAGGGUGUCUAUGCACUGCUACGGAUGCGCCAGGAAAGUUCAGAAGCACAUCUCCAAGAUGGAAGGUGUGUCGUCGUUUGAGGUGGAUUUGGAGAAGAAGAAGGUGGUCGUGACGGGGGACGUGACGCCCUACGAGGUGCUGCAGAGCGUCUCCAAGGUGAUGAAGUUUGCGGAGCUGUUGGUGGCCCCCAACUCCCCGACUCCGAGUAGAUAG